AUGUUUCCCAUAGCUUCCCCAUCAUCUUCUUCUUCCAAGAAAUAUGAUGUGUUUCUGAGUUUCAGAGGAGAGGACACUCGCAGAUCCUUCACCAGCCAUCUCCAUAAUGCCUUGUGCUGCAAAAAUAUUGAGACAUACAUUGAUAAUGAGCUCCCAAAAGGCGAUGGCAUCUCUCAAUCACUCAUGGAAGCAAUUAAGGAUUCAUCCAUCUCUGUGGUGGUCUUCUCUGAAAACUACGCCUCCUCCAAAUGGUGUUUAGAUGAGCUCCUUCAGAUCCUUUGCUGCAAACAACAGCAGAGACAGACUGUUGUUCCUAUCUUCUACGAAAUCGACCCAUCUCAUGUGCGCAAUCAGAAAGGAACUUAUAAGAAAGCAUUCACAGAGCAUUUGGAGAAAAACCAAGAGAAGGUGGAGGAGUGGAGACAAGCACUUUUUGAGAUUGCAAGUCUAGCAGGAUGGGACUCCCGCAACUACAGGUCACUUUUCAUUCUCUAAUAAGUCUCAAUCUUUGAAUCACAGCUGCAUUAGCAAUUAUGACUUGAGAGUUUCAUGCUUUUAUUAUUUCCUUUGAUUGAUCUUCGUCAUCGUAGAAAUUGCUUUUUCCUGGCAAGUAAUUAA